CUUCGUAAAUUCCACACACUUUCUAGAAUGCUGCAUUUGUGAUUCGUAGACUCCCCUGCAAAGAUGAAUUCUCCUGAACGGGAAACAAUGCAGGUUCCAGGACAACCAUCCAUUGGAGUCGAGCUGUUUUCACAAAAUGGAGUUGUCAUGAGAAAUCAAGCAUCCAGAAGUAAUGAAGAUGUCUGCCCUGGGACUUUAAGAAUCGUGCAAUAUAGUUCAGGAAAAUGUUUCGAAUGGCAUCCCGCUGUUUCUGUGUCUUCGGAGGAAGGUGACUGGGCUGUUGUUAGCAAAAAUGAUAGUAAUAGUGAUGAUACAAUAUCUUUUGACGUUACAAGGAUCAAAGAAUAUCGUGUACACCCAAAGAACAAACGCAAGAUCGUCUUUACGUUAAGAGAUCCUAGAGAAGUUUAUGGAGCUGUGUUCCAGACAGAUAGUGUCGAUAGUCUUGUAGCCUACAUCAGACAAUUUUAUCGCACCAGAAGGUCUACUCGUGACCAUCAUACCUACAAAAUUAUUGAAGAACGGACGGAAAGAACAAUACAAAAAUCUUUCUGUGACCUAGAAUUUGACUUUACUCGUGGCAAAUCUUCCAAUCCAGCUGACAGUGUUCGGCGGCUCAUCAGAGAUUUCCGCCAAAAACCUAUUCAAACAGCCCUAGAAUCUGCUGCAAAGAUUGCUGAUCUUUAUAGGUACGAAAAUGGAGCCUUAUCCUCAGAAACCCCAGAGAUCUUGUCACAAAGCGAGGAGAGUGUUUCGAUAGCCGAUGAGUAUCAAAUUGUAAGCCCGACAAUCAAAUUGCCACCUCGAGAAAUCUUACCCCGUGGAAAUCCUCUUUCCUACGAACAAUGGCUUCAGUUCCACGAUGCGCAAGGUCGCAUCACUAAUUCUGAGUUAGUUAAAAAAAUUAUCUACCAAGGGGGUAUCUCCAGCAAGCUAAGAGCGGAUGUAUGGAAGUAUCUACUUGGCUAUCUCCCAUGGGAAGCAACCACAGCCGAGCAAAUCGAAAUAAGAAAUAGCAAAGAAAAAGAAUACAAUAGAAUGAAAUUGCAGUGGCAGAUGGUAACGCCUGCCCAAGAAGCAAGAUUUUCAGAUUUUAGGGAUAGGAAGAGUUUAAUUGAAAAAGACGUAAACAGGUGUGAUAGGAGCCUAGAUUUCUAUGCUGGUGAAAAUAAUUCAAACCUGAAAUCCUUGCACAACAUUCUGAUGACGUACAUCAUGUAUAAUUUUGACCUCGGUUACGUCCAGGGAAUGUCGGAUCUCCUUGCCCCGAUUCUUUUUAUAAUGAAUAACGAAGUCGAUGCCUUCUGGUGCUUCUCGGCCUUCAUGGACAAAGUGGCAUCAAACUUCGAUGUUGAUCAAGCUGGCUCUAAACGACAGUUACUUCACUUGCAUGAGCUGUUAUCUGUGAUGGAUCCAAAGUUUGCCGAGUACUUGAAGAAUCUAGAGCCUGGAUAUCUGUUUUGUUUCCGAUGGCUUCUAGUCAUUUUCAAAAGGGAAUUCUCUUACGAUGAUACCAUGACGAUUUGGGAGGCUUUCUGGACAGGUAUUCCUGGACCAAAUUUUCAUCUCUUCGUGGGCCUUGCAAUUUUAGAUACCGAGAAAUCUGCCAUCAUGGACAGUCACUCCAACUUUGCAGAAACUUUAAAACACAUAAACGAACUAGCCAUGAAAAUCGAUGUCAAUUCAACUCUAAGCAAAGCCGAUGCUAUUUACCGUCAGUUGUUAGCAGCGGAAGUCUCCCUGCCUGACCCAAUCAGAACAAUCCUAGGAUUGGAACCCCUUCAAAAGGAGCCAAACCCGCUGUCGGAUAGUGAAAGUGAUGCAGAAGAUGCGCCAAACUCGAGUCCAGGACAUUGUAACAAUGGCCUAUCUCAGUCCUUCAAUGAUGACCAGUUCGACAUCGAUACUGCAAUCAUGCUGAAUUUUAUGUAAAGUGAGUCAACGAUUCUCGAAUUUGUGCGCUCUUUCAGCAAGGUUCCAGGACCUAGAAAAAAUUAGGUAACCCGGAGCCUAUCAGAAAGUUGGUUUCAAAAAGUAAGAAUUUUUGCUCUUUCAGUUUUGAGACCAUUUAGUGUUGAAUGUAGUGGUUUGCUAUGCUCUUGCAUUAACAAUUAAGUUGAAAAAAAUCAAUAUUUUUGCUCUGUACUCCAGAGAAAAAUGUAUAGAGUUCCUAAAAAAUCUAGGAUAAUAAGAGGAAACCUCUAGAUUUUCAUUUAGAUCAUUGGAUUCACAGGGAUUUUAUCGGAUCUCUCUUUGAAAGGGCAACUAGACAAGGUCUGACAACAAGGCUGAGUUCAUCUGAUAAAUGGUUGCACAUCUAUGCAAGCAAGUAGGCAUGUUUUAAGGCUCAGACCCUAUAAGGAUUCAACCUGAAAUUACGUCUUUACUUGACAGCUUCCCUCGUUUAGCAAGAAAAAAGGACUAAUGGAUCCCAGUGUCAGAGAUACUUUCAGGGAGAACUUUGGACAACCGCGGCGAAACACGACUCCCAGCGCAAUCGCCCGUGGAGAGGUUGCCAGAUGGACUAAGAUGACAUAGCUGAUCAUCACAUGCCCCUCACUUGACUGAGAUCUGUCCUUGCAUCUAAAAUGCAGAAAAGGUAAAAAAAAGGGGGGGGGGUAUCGGCUGUUAGGGGUCGCGCUUUCGCUGCGGCCGCAGCACAGGAGGCCGUAGUAUGCUGUCGCUUGCGAUAUUCUAAGUUAGGGCAAAAAUUAAAAAAAAAAAAAUACCAGGGAGAGUUACAUGUUUAAGGAUAAUGUUAAGAAUAAUUUGGGAGACGGAGCUGAGCCUGAAGGGAUCAUAGUACGGAAUGAACUGACUGUAAACAUUAAUAAAAGAGAGUUUGCAAGUGCAAGUGACCGCAUGCAAUAAAUGGAGUGAUAACAUUUGUGGAAGAUAUUUAAUCGACGGUAUAUCGACGAUAUCUUACGGAAAUGAAUAAACAAACAAUACAGAAGGAAAUAAAUAAAUAAGAAAUGACCGGAUGAAUGACUAAAAGAACACCUCAUAGACUGGUGUAACCACCACACGGCAGUUGGGGCACUGCACCAAGUUAUUUCCCCAAGCUUCCUGGUGGUGUGUGAGGAGAAAUUCGAGACAUUGCUGGCAGCAAAUCAGGUGUCCACACGGGAAAAAGAAUAAGUCUCUCCUGCGAUUAUCGAUGAAUAAUUCUUGAAUUCUUUCAGUAGAAAGUUUCAAGGCUGUUGCAAUGAAAUAAGUAACCAUAAUCCAGAAAGAAAUAUGUAAAAAAAAAACAUGAUACAGAAGGAAAUAAAUAAAUAACAAAUGACUAGAUGAAUGACUAGAAGAAAACCUGGUAGACCGUUGUAGCCACCACACGGCAGUUGGGGCACUGGACUAGGUUAUUUCCCCAAGCCGCUUGGUGGUGUGUGAGGAGAAAUUCGAAACAUUGCUGACAGCAAAUGAGGUCCACCAUCUCUGUGUCCGGUGCGUGAAGAGUAAUAAGGUCUCUAACCUGUUUGUUUAGCCUUGCUUAAAGCUUCUUUUGUCUGCGUUUGUACAGAUAGUACAAUCCAAGAACCCCGAUGACGUCGAUGAGGAGAAAUUGAACAUGAUCGUACGUCGAUGGGUUGUUUAAAGCUGACAGGUUUGGAGAUGGACCCGUGUUUAUGAUUUCCAAUUUUUCUCCAGUGCCGAAAAGAUUCAUCGUUGCUUCUAAAACGACUUGGGAUGGGUGUAGUUGAGGUAACUGUUGUUUGUCGUUUUGUCGUUAUUUGAAGGCACUGCUUUCUGCCGAAGGUAUCUACUUAUGCAUGCUGCUGUCACGCCAAAAAUGCUAUUGGGCACUUUCAGCCAAGGCAAAAUUUAGGAGUAAAGCCACUAACUCAAAAUCUUUCUACUUCAAAAUAUAACUAUAAUAAGGUUUUUUAAGUUUCUAAUGUACUUUUUUUGUUUGUGCAAAAUCAGCAAAUUGUUUGUACUGCAACUUGCCAACAUUUUCAAUAUCAGUAUAAAUGUUUUCCUUAAACAAAGACAAAUGGAUUUCAGCUAAUAGAAGAAAAUUGUUUCGGAAGCAAGUUGGAAACAAAUUUCGUCAUAUGAAGCCAAAGAUUACUUUUCUACAAUCCUCAAGCUCUGUAUUGCAAAAUAAAAUAUGAAGCAACUUAGUAUUAUUUUAUGAUUUUAAAAUAAAAUGAGAUUUAGGAGUCAGAAAAACCUAAAAGAAUUAAAUCAUGGCGUGGAGGUGAAACUGCAUGUAAGUAAUGAAAAAUAAUACCUUGUAGGAGAAGUUUGACGUUCGUUGAAGUGUAAAAUGUGAGUGUCAAUAUAACGCUUCACAGAACUACCAUCCCUGUCCAUGGCCAGUUCCGUAGCAAAACUACAGCAAACGUGCUGUUUGAAAUUUGGGAGGAUCUCAUUCAGUGUGUACACAAGUUUCAACAAAAGUUAGUUAGUUACUUACUUAACGACGAUCAGCAAGGACAUAUAUAUUUAUAUAGUUAUAUUUUCUUUGUGUAUUUCGACUUCCUUCAUUGCAGAUUUUAUCUUGUACAACAGUGCCCUUCUUUUGAUAUGAAACUACCUGGUCAGCAAACUAUCAGUUUGACACCUCAAAUCUAAACAUACCCAAACUUACAUUUUUUUUCUUUCUUUUUUUUGUAAGUUUAAAGAAGUUUUAGAGCUAUUCAAAUCCACCCGGUAAUUUUUUUGAUAGAAGUGAUCUUACUUCCAAAACACAAAAUCAAGAAUGAAAAUAUCAUAAUAAAAUACAGACUUAUGAUCAGGCUGAUUGAAGGGAGAGUUUGACUACAUUUUGCCAUUAGGAACUACAAUUUCUGGCUCAUUCUUAAAAAUAUGUAUGUCUUUAAGAAUCCUAAUGGUACUUACGUUGUUGUUAACCCUUAGAUGACUACUUGAGCCAGAUAUUGUAGUGCCUAAUUACAAAAUGCAGUCCAGUUGCCCAAUCCCCCCGACCAUUUCUCUCAUCACAUGAAAUCCAUUCAUAACUUUACGAAAUUGCACACUUUUUCCUCCAAUGAGUACCAAAGGAAUUUUAUUUUUAUUGUGUAAGUUUUUAAGUCCACAUUUUUGUGAUAUUAUAUCAUAAUUUAUUACUUUUAUACAGACAACCAUCUGUUAUAUUUGCAAUAGAUAAGAUAAAAAAGACUUUAGUUUUGUAAUGAAUGUACGUGAAUCAAUAGUUUGUAAUUCUGUAAGAACAUUGAAGGAAACACACCAGCACCGUGAAAUUUUUUAUGUAGAAUCUCUUGUUUAAUAAUUUUGCAGUUUAUGUAAAAUAAAAAUUUUCCGACAACAUGAAAA